CGGCGGACCUAAGAACUGUAGGCUAAACUCUAUCUAAUCUUGCCUCUGAAUAGCAGAAGCCAGAAUGUAUAUUAAUCAUCACGUAUAGGUUUUGAAGAUUUCACGCAAUGGCUUCGUCAAAGGCGUUGGAGAGCCGCGACGAGUACACAGUGGGAUGGAUCGCCGCCCUUGGGAUAGAACGAGCACCAGCGGAAGAAACACUCGACGAGGAACACGAAAAACCCCUCGACUUUGUACAGCCAUUAACCGACAAAAACUCUUACACCUGGGGCCGCAUUGGAGAACAUAAUGUCGUGAUUGCAUCGCUCGAGGCGGGUGUUUAUGGCACAACCUCAGCUGCAGUAACAGCAGGGACCCUACUUUCCUCCUUUCCACAAGUUAGAUUCGGUCUACUUGUCGGGAUCGGCGGUGGUAUUCCGGGACCAGACAUUGAUAUCCGCCUCGGCGACAUUGCUGUCAGUCAGCCGACUGGAAGCAGUGGUGGUGUCAUUCAAUAUGACCUUCAAAAAGUGAAGAAGGGCGAGCAGGUCGAACGCAAAGACUUUCUUAAUAAGCCGCCUCAGAUUCUGCUUGCAGCACUCGCGAAUAUGCAGGCAAAGCAUAAGCGCAAGAAGUUCGGAGUGCCAGCGAUUCUAAAGGAGAUGGAGACGCGAAACCCUGAAAUGUUCAUAUCUGAGCCUGGCGAGCCCGGAUAUAACUACCAGGGUUCCGAAAACGACAGGCUGUUUAAUGCAUCGUACGAACAUGCCCAUGGAAAGGACUGCGAUGAUUGUGAUCCCGAGAAAGUCCAACAACGUGACCCGCGACGCGUCCCCGAGAACCCGAAGAUCCACUACGGCACAAUAGCUUCCGGAAACACACUCGUGAAGGAUGCCGCUGCUAGAAUAGAGCUCAUUCGGCAUAUCCCAGAUGGGUGUAUCUGCUAUGAGAUGGAAGCCGCUGGUCUAAUGAACAACUUCCCCUGCCUUGUUAUCAGGGGAAUAAGCGACUAUGCGGACUCGCACAAAAACGAUCGAUGGCAGCCAUACGCCGCUGCAACAGCAGCUGCAUUCGCAAAAGAACUGCUUAGAUAUGUCCCAGCCGGACAACUGGAGGCAAUGCCAAAGGCUUUGCAGUGA